GGCGAGGCCGCUCUGCGGUCCUCUUCAAGCCUCUCGCUCGCUCAAUCAUGCUCCGAGGGCUAUGCGAACGCUUCCGGGUCGCGGGGCGCCAGCCCCACGAGUCAUGUGAUUCCAAAAUGGCGGCACCGCGGUAGCUUGGUCUGCGUGUGGCGUCCGAAGAGCCACGACGGUUUCUGCUCUCAGGCCUGGGGGCGGCAGCGCGCGUCUGGUCCCGGCGGUGGGCCGUAUCCUUGCGUUAGGUACCGGUUCAGGGCUGGGGCUGUUGCUGUCGCAUUGGGUUCCGGGGAAGUGCCGGUGACCUCGCUGCAGGCCCCCUGCGCCGGCCGCGCUCACCCGAGGAGGAGGAGCAGGACAACCUGCCUCCCAGGUCUUAUGCACCUGCGGAGUACAUGAGGCUUCCGGGGGCCCUGGAGGAGCUACACCUCACACCUCUGAGGGGGCUGUGGGAGUUCCACGGGUGUAUUAAAAGUAUUCUACGUUUGACGGCGCAAAGAAGAUAGCACGGACUUUGCUUCAUCCUCCAGAGGCCAGCUUCCACGCGUUUUUUCCCACUUCCUCUCAAUGUUCUCUUCAUAUAUCUGGAAAUAUGAUCAGCGCCCCUGACGUGGUGGCUUUCACUAAAGAGGAGGAGUACGAGGAGGAGCCUUACAAUGAGCCGGCCCUGCCCGAGGAAUACUCGGUACCUCUCUUACCCUUCGCCAGCCAAGGGGCCAACCCAUGGUCCAAACUGUCCGGGGCCAAGUUCUCCCGGGACUUCAUCCUUAUUUCUGAGUUCUCCGAGCAGGUGGGCCCGCAGCCAUUGCUGACCAUCCCCAAUGAUGCCAAAGUUUUUGGUACCUUUGAUCUCAAUUACUUCUCCUUGCGGAUCAUGUCUGUGGAUUACCAGGCCUCCUUCGUGGGCCAUCCCCCUGGUUCUGCCUACCCGAAGCUGAACUUCGUGGAGGAUUCUAAGGUGGUACUGGGAGACUCGAAGGAGGGAGCCUUUGCGUACGUGCACCACCUUACCCUGUAUGACCUGGAGGCCCGUGGCUUCGUGAGGCCCUUUUGCAUGGCUUAUAUCUCCGCCGACCAGCACAAAAUCAUGCAGCAGUUCCAGGAGCUUUCAGCUGAAUUUUCUAAAGCUUCUGAGUGCUUGAAGACAGGCAACAGGAAGGCAUUUGCUGGAGAACUUGAAAAAAAACUAAAAGACUUGGAUUACACCAGGACAGUGCUGCACACUGAAACUGAGAUCCAGAAGAAAGCCAAUGACAAAGGCUUUUACUCUUCUCAGGCAAUUGAGAAAGCCAACGAACUUGCUAGCGUAGAGAAAUCCAUCAUUGAACAUCAAGAUCUCCUGAAGCAGAUCCGUUCAUACCCUCACAGGAAGCUGAAAGGGUCUAAUUUGUGUUCUGGGGAGAUGGAGCCCACCCAGGAUCAGGCUGACCAGGCAGCCAGUACUUCUAACCCUGAUGAAUGUGCUGACACUGACCUUUACACCUGCAGACCUGCCUACACCCCAAAACUCAUUAAAGCAAAGUCUGCCAAGUGUUUUGACAAGAAAUUGAAAACCCUGGAAGAGCUCUGUGACACUGAGUGUUUCACCCAGACCCUGGCUCAGCUCAGCCACAUUGAGCACAUGUUCAGAGGAGAUCUGUGCUACCUCCUUACCAGCCAGAUUGACAGAGCACUCCUAAAGCAACAGUACAUAACAAACUUCCUCUUUGAAGACUUUGUGGAGGUUGAUGACAGGGUGGUAGAAAAACAAGAGAGCAUACCUACUAAGCCCAGUCAAGGCAGGCCACCAUCCAGGUCUCUGGAACAAUGUCCGAUUCCUCAAGUGUUAAUCAGCUUUGGCUCUUACAAGUCCAGUGUAGAGUCUGUGGUAAUCAAGAUGGAGCAGGAACUUGGAGAUGAGGAGUGCAAGGAAGUAGAGGUGACAGAAUUGAGCAGUUUUGACCCCCAGGAAAACUUGGACUACCUGGAUAUGGAUAUGAAAGGGAGUAUUAGCAGUGGUGAAAGCAUAGAAGUUUUAGGCACAGAGAAGUCCACCUCUGUGCUAUCCAAGUCUUACAGCCAGGCCAGUCUUACCAUGCCAUUGAGCCCCCAGGUGGUCCGGAGCAAAGCUGUCAGCCACAGGACAAUCAGUGAGGACAGUAUUGAAGUCCUCAGCACCUGUCCCUCUGAGGCCCUCAUCCCUGAUGACUUUAAGGCCAGCUACCCAACUGCCAUUAAUGAAGAAGAAUCAUAUGCAGAUGAUAGUGAGGGAGCCAUUCACUUCCAGGCAAGCAUCAGUCCACUGGAGCUGGGUGAAAUGGAGGAGGGCAGCUUAGAAAAUACCCCACCCCAAACAGACUCCUCCUGCUGCAUUGGGAAGGAGAGUGACAGUCUGCAGGUGCCACUCUCCAUUCCAGCCCACACGUUCUUUGAUGAGGAUGGAGUGGUGAGCAUCCCUCCACAGCGCUACAGGCAGAAGGACCAGGGGUUCCAUGUGGAGUUUGCAGUGGAAAGCACCCACCCUUCUUCCAGAGACAAUAGUUCUGAAGGCUUCCCUGCUUACGCUUACAAACUGGACCCGAGCCACCUGCUGGCCAACCGAGAUGUCAGUAAGACCAGCCUGGACAACAGCUCAGACACCACCAGCUAUCCGUUACGCCAAACCCGUGAAGCACUGGGCCUCCUCCCCUUUGCACAUUAUGGAUUUUCAGAAGUGGAAGCUUAUUGGCCUGCAGAGGUAACUGGUGGUGGGGAAGGGCCCUGUCCAGUUCAAGAUGAGGCUUCUAAUGUACAUCCCUCUGGGUGAGGUCAGUAAGUUGGUGUGGUGGACCCAGAAUCAGGAGACCUGGCUUCAGACUGGGCCUACCAACUCACUGUUCCUUCUGUCAAAUCAUUGCCUUUCUCUGACCUUCUGGUUUCUUGUUGAUCACCUGAGGGGGUUGCAGUUUCUAAGUGGUUGCCAACCAUGGUCUGCAACCUGGUGGGUAAAGAAUUAUUUGAGAAAAUUUCAAAUCACAGAUUCCUGGGCGCCACCCUUAAAAAUUCAGUUGGUCUGGGGUAAGACAUGGAAUUUAUCUGGUGUACAGCAAAGUUUGAGAAUUUCUAGAUCUCUGGUCUUUGCUGAUUCUGAAAUUUAUACUGUGGUGUAAAUGACUAAAGAGAGAUUGGCACACCAUAUUGGAAGGGCAAUAGGAGUUUCUUCCACUCUGCAUUCAGCAACUGUGUUCUAAUUUUCUGACUUUCCCUCUCUGUAGGUUCCUGAUAGCAGUAAGGCCUCUGUCUCCCGAGUCUGUUGUGUUUGGUCUUAGGGAAGUCACCUGGACCUCUCACCCUUACUGCAGUAGGCUUUUCCUGAGGUCAUGGUAGUGGGAUUCAAGCAAGUCCUCUUCCACUUCACGACUUGACUCACUGGCCAUACUGGCAGGUGCAGGGCCGCCAUCUAGAGUUAUCUGAGUAAGGCCACUGCUCUGAAAGGAUUCCUAGUCCAGGUGAGGAGGCACACAGGUGACCAGAACCUGCCAUACAGGGCAUGAGAGUUCCAACAGUGGGAGCAUCAUGCAUUCUAAGUUCACAGAGGGAGCAAUACAGUCACACUUGGGAAGUGAG